UUAGAGAAUAUCAAGUAUUCAAACUGUCAAAAGAAUGUCGACCGUGUAUAAUAAGAUGGCUGGGCAACUGGUAAUGGUAUUCUUCAUCACCAACUGUGUCCUGAAUUCAGCCAGCGGUCAGGAUUUACAGAGCGUUGCAGCUUGUGACAGUCAAAUUUACUGCGACGGACCCUUACUUGCUGCCAUGCAAAAUGCGAGAAUAUAUGAAGAUUCCAAGACAUUUGUUGACUUAAAGAUGAAAGCUAGCCAAGAGAUCAUACUACAGGCCUUUGCUGACCUUGGGAAGAGGAAUUUGACCAAGAGGGAUGCGGAAGAUUUCAGAAAUAAGUACUUCGAAGGUCCGAACCUAGAAUUCGAAGACUGGACUCCAACUGACUGGAGAGAGAAUCCAGCCUUCCUCAGCAAAAUCAAAGACAGCAAGUUACGGACCUGGGGUCUCGAGUUGCAUAAGCUGUGGAAAGUUCUCGGAAGAAAGAUCAGUGAUGAUGUAAGGGUAAACCAGUCCAGAUACUCGCUGAUUUACGUACCCGAACCCUUUAUUAUUCCAGGCGGCAGAUUCCGGGAAUUUUACUACUGGGAUUCCUACUGGGUCGUUAAGGGUUUGUUGCUGUCUGAAAUGACACGCACUGUGAAGGGGAUGAUAAAAAACUUUCUCAAGUUCGUUGACGAGUACGGUCUAGUCCCCAAUGGCGGACGUGUGUACUAUACAAGGAGAAGUCAGCCUCCUUUUCUCAUUCCCAUGAUGAAGCUCUACUAUGACAAAACGAAAGACCUGGCUUUCAUUCGUGAAACAGUGGACAGUCUCGAAAAAGAGUAUUAUUUCUGGAUAAAUAACCGCACGGUAGAUGUCGCUAGAAACAACCAGACCCACCGUGUAGCGCGCUACGCUGUGGAAAUUGGGAAACCUAGACCGGAGUCCUACCGAGAAGAUAUGGAAACUGCAAGAACCAAGACUGAUGCAGGUUCCAAGGCUGAACUCUACUCUCAUAUAGCGUCAGCAGCUGAGUCUGGCUGGGACUUCUCUUCACGCUGGAUGAGGUCGGGUUCGAUGAGUCUUAGUGACCUUCAAACCAAGGAUGUUAUUCCUGUAGACCUCAACGCCAUUCUCUGUUAUAACGAACGGAUUUUAGCAGAGUUUUAUGGGUUGUUAGGAAACGCAUCCAAGCAAGCAGACUUUUUACACAAAGCGAUGACCAGAAGACACGCCAUGAACACGCUGUUCUGGGACGAUACACAGGGGGCGUGGUUUGACUAUGAUAGACGUGCCGGUGCUCUGCGAACAACUUUCUACACCUCUAAUGUGUUCCCGAUGUAUUUUGGUUGUUAUGGUAACGAUGAUGGUACAGACAAGGUGACGAUGGAGAGAAAAGUACUGCAGUACUUAAAGAACAAGCACGUGUUGGACAUGCCGGGGGGAGUACCGACCUCUCUGAUCAACUCCACACAACAGUGGGACUAUCCCAACGCCUGGCCGCCAUUACAAGAUGUCACCAUCCAGGCCCUGUCCUCUAGCAGUCUGCAGGAGGCUAAGGAUAUAGCCAGGAAUAUCAGUCAGAGAUGGAUACUUACCAAUUGGCGGACGUGGAGUCAACCAGGACCAGCACAGGGGCACAUGUACGAAAAGUAUGACGCCCGUAUAGAAGGACUGCCAGGCAGAGGGGGCGAGUAUGACGUACAAAUAGGAUUUGGUUGGACGAAUGGAGUGGCGAUGACGCUGUUGGAGAAGUAUGGGGAUAUCUUACACGCAGACUCAGAUGUGACAUCCGGUAGCUGGUCGCCUGCAACGUGCAUCCGUAUUUUGUCACUUGUUGGAAUUCUGAUUGUAACCGCGAAGUUGACCUUUCACCGCAGCUAAUGUGUGGAUUGUGGAACAAUGUUAUAUAACUUCCAUUUCUCGAGAUGAACACUUAACUAUUUGGACUGGUAAUAACCUUAAAUUACGUUGCAGGAGGGACUCCCUCCCAGUAAUUGAAUCAAUUUAUGCGGCCGUCCCGGGGGUGGGGGCUCCGAUAAGGUGACAUUUCUACGUCAUAACCAGGCUAUUAAGAUGUCAAUCACUAAAAUGGCACGUAACAGAAAAGUGUACCUCACGAUAUGGAAAGGACUUGAGGACUUGAGUGCGUCAUAGCUACGAGCCAUAGGGCCUAUGUGUUACUAAUGCUAGUUUUUGUUGAUUCCUUCGCCUUUUUAAUUUUUCACAAGUAAGUGUGAUAUGUUCACCCCACCCAAGGUGUGUUUACUUUGGCUGUGAGUAAAGAUCGGGAUCAUCGGUUUUAGAUAACAUGGAUGAUUUGAGAAAGUGACUGCCCGGACUUACUCAAGGAUAUAUACUGUUGAUCUUCUACGUGGAAAACUGUAAUUUUUGUCAGUAUUGGUCUUGCUCUGAUGAACAAGUUUACAAACGAACACACAUGCUUCGCGCUUGAAACUUUAUUUGCCAUUGAGGUCGUAGUUGUAACUGGGUACAUAUAACUGUGUUACAUUUUGUAAAUCAUGUUACUGGUUGUAACGUGGGAACUGAAUACAUGUAACUUUUAUUUUUAAUA